AAUGGCAAAAUUAAGCGUGUAUGGAGAUCUUAAUCCAAAUUUAAAAGUGGCUUAUAUAUAUGUCACUUUUUCUAAUUAUAGAAUUGUCGAAUCCCUCUUUAUUCAUAAAGACCGAUUUCUUAUAGAAUAUUACGACAAAGAUGAUAAUUCUAAGAGACAAGAAAUAGUUUUCAAUAAUUUGAAUUUUCAACUAAAGAAAAAAGUGCAAAUAUCUAAAACAGGAAGCAAUCCUCUACUACUUGAAAUAACCUGUUCAUUCGAGUUUACUAUUGAUCUAAAAGUAAUAAAAAGCAGAAAACAAUCAACUCUAUUGUGGCUAAAUGACUAUUUCGAGACUAUUUGUGCUAAUUGUAGAAAUAUUAUUAUACCUCUUACUCGUUUUCGAAACGUUUUCCCCUUACCUGAAAAUAAUUGGGGAGAAAGUACUGAUAUGUGGUUUUGCCACGACGAAGGCGAUGAUUUCAAGAACACUCAAUUAACCCCUGGAGAUAAUGUGUUGAUAUCUCAAUUCUACUUUUGUGUUUCUAAACAAGUUUAUUCUUAUAAUGAGACGUUAGAAGAAGGAAAAACAAAUGAAAAUGACGUAUCUUGUUGCCGAUGCAGAUCAACCAUAGGUUGCAAAAAUAAUGUUGAUAGUAUUAUCAAAGAAGCCGUAAAAUUCUACAGAAGUGCCGUUGUGGUAAAUGAUACCCAAAAUUCAAGACAACGACGAUUUGAUGCGUAUACAAUAGCCGAUAUUAUUUGUCGUUUAGUUGAAGAGUCUGAAUCACAUAGGAUUGUGAUAGAAUGUCCCCUUCCAAAUGGAAAAAUUCAGGCCAAGCUAUUGCUCUGGAUUUUAAACGAAGAUUGUCCAUUUUAUGAUGGAAAAGUAGAAACGGAGAGCACACGUUUACCCCUUCACCGAUGCGUGAAAGUAUUGUAUUUAGAUACUUUUCGGGAUAAAGGGCGCUUGUCGCGAGAAGGCUCGGGUUCCAGGCCAGUGGCGUCACUGGUUGUUGACAAACAAUUUUUACAACCAGCUAAACACACUGCCAUGGCAGCUGGCCAGCGCUCCUGA